GCUAGUAUUCAUUAGUAACGAAACACGACUUAUUGCAACAUUAUCAGUCUGGUUUCUUUAUAAAGUGUUCUGUUGAUAUACCAUUAAUCUGACAUCAUGUUACAUAGAUUAUACCUCAUGUUCGCAACGCUUUCAGUUAUAAACACUGAAAUGGUAGUACCAGGAAUCGAUAGGACUAUGAGUGAGGGUGUCACAAGUGUAGGUUAUAAAGUAGUAUAUGGAGACGAGGACUUAGACGUUAUAAAUGAAGUAGUAAGUGAUUCAGAGAAGCUAGAAACAUUUAAAAAGAACUCAGAGCUCAAUAAACUCUUGCCUCCACUGCCAUCGAUCGAUGUUAAGUGUUUAAUGUCAGUUGACAGAUAUUGUUCCAAAGAUAUGGGAGAAAUGAAAAGUAUUUUAAUACAAGCCCUUAAGGAUGACUGCGCGAAGUGUACUCAGGAACAGAAAGAGAGUGCAGGGAAGAUUGUAGCAGCUAUGAUGGCUCACGACCCUGUCGCAUGGAAACAGUUCCUUACAAGGUCAGCUCUUGAAAUCUUGCCGAAAAAGAAGCCACCGAAAGAAGUUAAACAUAUUUUUAAGCAAGUAGGAGAACCAGAAUAUAUAGAAAACUCAAAACAUAGAUAUACGACGCCUGGAGUAAAAGUGAGAGUGAAGAGAUAUGCCACCAAAAGAGUUAAUUAAACAAGCCCAAUUUUUUUUUAAUAAAUAAAAACUAUUAAUCCAUUUUAUAUUUAUUUAAUUUUAUACGUCAAUGCUCGACAGUAAAUGAAUAUGUUAAAAGAAAUAAAAACAUUAUCAAAAAUA